AUGUCUUCUAAUACUUCUUUAACAUCUUCCAAUGACAAUGAUCCAGUGACCAAGGAUCUCUGUCAGCACAAACGCGCCAAUGUCAUCAAUGCGCGCGAGUUCUAUGCUGCCGACCAAACUCUUACUAUUGAAGAUCGUGAGAAGCUUGCAAAAGUUUUCACGACUCAGCGCAACUCAGAACUUGCAAGCAAGGUUUUUAUUGCCUACAUGGUAUUUCUAAUGCCUCGUCAUGUUUCCAAACUUUUAAAAAAACCGUUGCGUCCUUUAUCAGCAGUUCCUGCAGUUUUGGCUUGUUCAGCCUUAAUGUUUGGUUCAGAUAGGUUUUGGAGACAAAUCUAUAACUGGAACUAUACACUUAACCAUACACCAGAGUAUCAGACAAAUACAGCUUAUGGGAAAGUCAUUGAGUUGUUAAAAGGAUACCCUGCAGCUAUUGGACGUGAAUAUUUUACUGAGACGAGUGUGAACGAGAGCGCGCGGUUUGCUGAUCCAAACUCCAUUGACUGGAAGAAAUCUCCGGAGUUUCCUCUUAUUCUAGGAACCUCUGAUUGGACAAGUAUUAGGACAUACAUUGAUUUCAUUCCUAGUCCCAAGCGGGAAAACAAUUAA